ACUCGUGAUGCUCAUGAGGGGCGGGGCCAAGGAAAGAGAUGGCGGCUUCUACAGCAGCAGCAGCUUCUGCAGGGCGAGCAUGGAGCCGGGUUGGGGUCACAGGGGUGAUGAACCCCUCUGUUGGGAACUUCCACAGGCAGAUCCACAGAAGGUGCCUGCGAGUCAAAACUCCCUUUUCCACACAUCGACAUCCACUGAAUGGUGGCUGUGCUAUUCUGUUGAGACCAGCAAUUCGGUGUCAAAGCACAGCAGCCGUUGCUGGUGCCCAGGUUAUUCAGCCUCUCGUCUCCCCGCCUAUAGAGACCUCUCUCCCUGCAGCAGAUCUCGGCCAGGCUGUUCAGGAGCUGAGCUUUGCUGAGCUGGGCCUAGGCGCCCACACCCCGGUCGGCCUAAUCCAGAACUUGUUGGAGUGCCUCCAUGUGGACGUGGGGCUCCCUUGGUGGGGAGCCAUUGUCGCAGGGACUGUGGUGGCGCGUUGCCUGGUCUUCCCUCUCAUAGUAAAGGGACAGCGAGAGGCAGUAAAGCUCAACAACCACUUGCCCCAAAUCAGUGAGCUAACCACCCGCAUGAAUGAAGCCAAGCAGUCGGGGAACAAAUUUGAAUUUGCAAAGGCUUAUUCGGAUCUGGCCCUCUACCAGAAGACCCACAACGUCAACCCCUUGCGGGGGUUCCUGGUGCCCCUGGUCCAGGCUCCCAUUUUCAUCUCCUUCUUCAUCGCCCUGCGCAAAAUGGCCGAGCUCCCUGUCCCCAGCAUGCAAACGGGUGGGCUGUGGUGGUUUGCAGACCUCACUGCUGCCGACCCGUACUACGUCCUGCCCCUGGCGGUGACGGCGUCCAUGUGGGUCAUUUUAGAGCUGGGAGCUGAAUCAGGAGUGUCCAACCCAAACCUCCGGGUUAUGAAGACGGUUAUGCGUGUGAUGCCACUUGUUAUUCUGCCUCUCACGAUCUCCUUCCCAACGGCUGUCUUCACCUAUUGGAUGACUUCGAACCUAUUCUCAUUGGUGCAAGUGGGUGUUCUGCGUAUACCUGCCAUUCGCACCCGCCUCCGCAUCCCUGAGCGUGUGGAGCACGACCCGACUUACCUGCCUCCCCAGGAGGGAUUUGUGAAGAGCCUCAAGAAAGGAUGGAAGAAUGCACAGUUGGCUCAGCAGCUGGAAGAAAGGGAGCGGCGCAUCAAAAACCACCUGGAUUUGGCAGCUAAAGGGCCACUGCGGCAGACCUUUUCCCACAAUCCUCUGGAGCAGCACCCACCUCCUGCGACGAAACCACCCCCACGAAAGAGACCAUGGGAGGAUACGUUAGGCUGAGCCAAGCCUGUCAACUUCAUCAGCCCUAUUCAAAGCAAAGACUUGACACAGCAGCAGGUUGUCAUAUUCCUACUGCCACCGCCGCUUCAGUUUUCUGAUCUUUGUUUAAUAAAGGACUUGGAAGUUC